AUUAAGAGUUACAUUGUUUAUUUUAUAAGUCAAUCUAUUAUGGGGCUAAAAGAAGGCCUCCAAGAGUGGCUUCAUUUCCAAGUUCCAAGGGUAUCUUAGGGCAGUAGUUUGGGGGUUUCUCUAGUCUCUAUUGGUCUAGUAAGUCUUGCGUUUUUUAGGAAUUUGAAUUUCACACAAGUGUAUUUUUAGGUCACAAUCAGGGUAAAAUUUUACUUAGGCCUUUGUCUCUCCAGGGCAGAAUAAUAAACUUUUCUGAUUUUCUUCCUUCAGGAAAAUGGAUCCAGCCUUCCAGAAAGAACUCACCUGCUUCAUCUGCUUGAACUACCUUACAGACCCUGUCACCAUAGGCUGUGGGCACAACUUCUGUAGGCCCUGUCUCUGCCUUUCCUGGGAAAAAGCUGAAACGCCUGCCUGUUGCCCACUGUGCAGGGAAACAUCAGAGCAGACAGCAUUCAAAACCAAUAUUCUUGUGAAGAAUCUGGUGUCCCUUGCCAGACAAGCCAGCCUCUGGCAAUUCCUGAGCUCUGAGGAACAGAUGUGUGGGACUCACAAAGAGACAAAGAAGAUGUUCUGUGAAGAGGGCAAGAAUCUGCUCUGUUUUCUCUGCUCUAACUCUCAGGAGCACGAGGCUCACAGACACUGUUCCAUAGAAUGCGCUGUUGAGGAAUACCGGGAGAAGCUCCUAAAGCAAAUGAGAUCUUUAUGGGAAAAUAUUCAAAACAAUUGGAGAAAUCUGAAUGAGGAGAGCCUAAUUAUCAAGCUGUGGGUAUAUUAUGUGUUUCUACUGUCAGAGAUUAUCAGAUCUGAGUAUCAGAAAUUGCAUCCGAAUCUCCUUGAGGAAGAAAAACAACAUUUAGAGGGACUGAAAAAUGAAGGCAAGAAGAUAUUUCAGCAACUGAAGAAAAGUGAAGCCUCAAUGGUUCAAAAGGGGAGGCACCUGAGAGAAAUGUAUGAGGAGCUGAGGAAUAUGUGCCAUAAAUCAGAUGUGGAGUUGCUCCAGGAUUUGGGAGACAUAUUGACCAGGAGUGAGUCCGUGCAGCUGGACAUGCCCCAGCCUGUGAACCCAGCGCUCAGUGCUAGGCCCAUCACUGGCCUGAUAGACAGGUUCCGGCAGUUCCGAGUGGAAAUUUCCUUCCGUUAUGAAAUAAGCAGUCAGAAUAUCAUGGUGUUUGAUGACGUGAGAAGUCUGAGGCUAAGACGUGACCUUCAAGAGGUGCCUUUUCCUUCUAGAAGAUCUCAGUACUUUGCUGCAUGGGGGGACCAGGCCUUCACCUCUGGAAAACACUACUGGGAGAUAGAUGUGGACGACUCUUGGGACUGGGCUGUAGGAGUCUGUAAGGAUACCUGGUUAAGGAAGAAUGGCUCACUGGUUGAAUCUGAGAACGUAUUUCUUCUUUUAUGUGUGAAGGAUGUUAAUCGUUACAAUCUCUUGACCACUUCCCCAGUGUUUCCUCAGUAUAUAGAGAAACCUCUGGGGCGAGUUGGUGUGUAUAUAGAUUUUGACAGUAGAAGUAUGAGUUUUGUUAAUGUUGCCAAAAGUUCCCUCAUAUGGAGAUACCCAGCCUGCUCCUUUAAUUACCCUCUCAGGCCUUUCUUUUGUACUGGCCACACAUGAUAGUGGUGAAUUCAGGAACCUGGAAACUCCAUAUCUGAGGGAGUCCUUCUCAGUUGAAGCUGAUCAAUAAUAUUUUAUUGUCUUUUAUUUUGUUCUUCUUUAAAGUAACAUUUUGUUGUUAUUAACUAUGAAAAAAAGUUGGAAAUGAAAACUUUCGCUAGUUCAAUUUUUUUUUAAUUAAAAUCAUCUCUUUUGGAACAUUACAUUGCAUAUAUACUGUGAUUAUU